AUGAAGGACGAGCUAGAAAAGCAGGAAGCAUCCAGCGCUACCAUGAUCGAAAAUGUGGCGAAUGACAGCGACCUACAGUUCGGCGAGGGCCUCGUCGAGAAUGACCGGGACAGUUCACUAUGGGCUUCAGCCAUGUCGCACAAGCUUAUUUUGGCCCAUUCGAUUGCUGCAUUCUUAGCUGGAGGAGUUUUCGGGUACGACAGCGUUAUCAACGGAGCAUCCAUCUCCAUGCCGGCCUUUCUUCUCUACUUCGGCGAACAUACUGCGACAGGAUCUCUAUUCGUGCCCUCGAUCUGGGCGUCUAUGUGGACUGCAAUGUCUUACUUGCUCCAAGCCAUUGGUGGCUUUGGUAUCGGAUUCGUUUCUGAUCGAAUCGGACGUAAAUGGGCAUGUGUCGGCGCCGCAUGUAUCUCAGUCGUAGGCGUUGGGGUUCAAUUCGCCGCCACAAGCCGGGGCAUGCUCUUGGGCGGGAAGAUGAUCAACGGUUUGGCCAUAGGGUGUAUCUUCGCAUCCGCCACAUCUUGGGCAUCUGAGAUCUCCCCACUCCGUCUUCGGGGUCCCAUCCAGUCCGGUAUCGUCCUCUUCAUGGUGUUGAUGCAAGCCCUUGGGCUGGUCACAAUCCGACUUUACAUUGAAAACAUAUCACCUUCGGCCUUCCGUAGUGUCUUUGCACUUCAGUGGAUCUGGCCCGUCGCAGCAGGCUUAGCCUUCACUGUCAUGCCCGAGUCCCCGAUUUUCUUGGUGCAGAAGGGCAAGAUCACUGCUGCUAAGAAAGCGUUGACUCGCCUUUACGGCUCUAAUAACCAUAUCGACGCACGCCUUGCAGUGCUUUGCAAGCAAGUCGAGCAAGAGCGCUCGCAAGCCGAGGGCCAUGGUAACGCAGGUUAUCUUGAACUAUUCCAGGGAACCAAUUUCAAGCGAACAUUCACUGUCCUCUGGCUCUUCCUUGCUGCUGGACUCAAUGGCGCAUCCUUGUUGUCUCAGAACACCUACUUUCUGAUCAUCGCUGGCCUCCCAGCAGUCCAUGCGUUUGAUGUAGGUAUCGGUGGUUUCGGUCUAGCUAUCAUCGCAAUCGUCUUCAGUUGGUUCUACAUGGAGAAGUUUGGUCGUCGCUCGAUCUGGCUUGCGGGCGUCGCUAUCAACAUCCUGGUCCUCGCGAUUAUUGGAAGUCUCUACUACUUAAAGUCGAACGGCAGUCUGUGGGCCGUCGCCAUCUUGAUGAAUGCACUCAUUGCCUGGCAACUACUCACUAUAACCUCGAUCGGAUGGGUCAUUACCGCCGAAGUCUCUUCCUAUCGUCUCCGAGCAAAGACACAGUCUAUCGGUGUAAUUUCGAACGCCACCGUCACUUGGCUCUUUACGUUUACAGUACCCUAUAUGUACAACACCGAUGCUGGCAACCUAGGCAGCCGCGCUGGGUUCGUCUUCAUGGGGAGCUCAGUGCUUCUGCUCAUCGGAUCGUGGUUCUUGGUACCGGAUCUGCAUGGAUUCACAACGGACGAGGUCGAUUGGUUGUAUUCGCAGAACAUCCCAGUCAGGAACUUUCAGCAGUAUGCAGAUGGGAGGGCGAAGCAGGGUGCAACAAUGAGAACUGUUGCUACGGGUAAAUGCUAA